UCCGUGCACAAAAAUUAUGGGACAAGUUAAAGUUGGCAAUGCUGUAUAUGAGCACGUGCUAAGAAAUGUCAUUUCGUGCAUCAAUUGAGUUGCGAGUUUGUUUUCGCUGAGCUUGGAAGUGGUCACGGACUCGUUAAAAUGCCGCUGCCAAAUACAAAGUGGAGUGAAUUAUCGACUCCUCUUUCGGAUCCAGUCCUGAACGUCAUUAAAAGCUUCGGCUUCAAGUCACUGACUCCUGUCCAGGGUGCAACUAUUCCAUUAUUAAUGACUCGGAAGGAUGUUUCCGCUGAAGCUGUGACUGGAUCUGGGAAAACGUUGGCCUUCCUGGUGCCGUUAAUUGAAAUCCUGCAAGCGCGACAUAAGGAACAACCGUGGAAAGCAACGGAAAUAGGAGCAAUUGUUAUCUCACCGACGAGGGAAUUGGCUUCACAAAUCUCGGAUGUUCUGUCGAGAUUUACCGAACACGAAGAAUUGAAAAUAUUCAAGCAACUGCUAUUGGUUGGAGGGAAUAGUAUUGAAGCGGAUAUUCGCUCAAUAGAAGCAGAUUCGCCCAUAAUUUUAAUUAGUACUCCAGGACGACUAUGUGAUAUUUUGGAACGCAAAGGCAAAGUUAACUUACCCGGACGUGUUAAAUCUUUGGAAAUCCUUAUUUUGGAUGAAGCAGACCGUCUUCUUGAUCUUGGAUUCAAAAUGACAAUCAAUACAAUUUUGAGCUAUUUGCCUCGACAACGCCGUACUGGUUUGUUCUCUGCUACACAAACCAAAGAAGUUACGGAUUUAAUGAGAGCUGGGCUUCGAAAUCCAGUACUUGUAUCUGUAAAGGAGAAAGCUUCAAUAAAUACCCCAGUACGAUUGGACAACUACUAUACAAUAGUAGAACCCGAUAAGAAAUUUCUUGCGAUCCUCGCGUUCUUAAGGGACACGGAAAUUAAAAAGGGGAUGAUAUUCAUGCCAACUUGUGCUUGUGUGGAUUAUUGGGCUGAUAUUUUAUCGCAUUUCUUGAAAUCUAAGAAAGUCCUGGGACUUCAUGGAAAAAUGAAGCACAAACGUUCGAAAAUCGUGAACAGAUUUCGAAAUGAAGACAAUGUACUUUUGAUGUGUACUGAUGUCCUAGCGCGAGGUUUGGAUGUUCCUGAAGUCAAUUGGGUGAUACAAUGGGACCCACCUUCAACACCGGCAGCGUUCAUUCAUCGAGUUGGAAGAACGGCAAGGCAAGGUGAGGCAGGUAGCUCAAUAGCUUUUCUUAUGCCAAACGAAGACGCCUAUGUGAAUUUUUUACACAUAAAUCAAAAAGUAGAGUUACAACCUUUUGAAGUAGCUGAAUUGGACUCCAGUUUAGAAGAGAUAAACUCUCAAAUAUACAGAUUGCAGCUGAAUGAUCGACUCCUCUAUGAUAAAGCAAUGCGAGCGUUUGUUUCAUACAUACAAGCAUAUAGUAAGCAUGAAUGCAGUGCAAUUCUGCGAGUAAAGGACUUAAACUUUGGAAAAGUUGCCACCAGCUUCGCUCUACUGCAUAUGCCCCGAAUGCCUGAAUUGAAAAAGAUGAACGCAGAUGAUUUUGUAGGCCCCAAGUUUGAAAUUGAUUUGAAUAAAAUCAAAUACAGAAACAAACAAAAAGAAGUUUCCAGACAGAACAAACUUCAAGUAUACCAAGAAACUGGAAAUUGGCCAGGACUUAAAAAAGGUAAAAAGAAGUCAGAAGCAUGGGAGCUUUCGCGAAAAGAACGAACAGACGCAAAAGAGAAAAGAGCCGAGCGGCGUGCAAAGAGGAAACUCAAAAAGCAAAAUACCACAGAAGUUAAAACGAAGAAAAGGAAACAAGCGUUUAGUGAAGAGGAUUUAGCAGAAUUGGCGAAUGAUAUUCAAAUGUUUAAAAAAUUAAAAAAGAAAAAAAUCACCGAAGAAGAAUUCAAUGAACAGAUGGGAUUUGACGAUGAUUGAGUGAUAAUAAAUAGCAUUUUUUGAAAA